GGAGAGAGACCUUAUAAGUGCUCUACAUGUGAAAAAUCUUUUGCAGCAAAAAAAAACUUUGGAGGAACAUUACACAAGGAUUCAUACUGGAGAGAGACCAUAUAUGUGCUCUACAUGUGAAAAAUCUUUUGCGACAAAAGAUGAUUUGAGGGCUCACAUAGGGGUUCAUACUAGAGGGAAGAGACCUUAUAAGUGUUCUAUAUGUGAAAAGAGUUUUGCAAGGAUAGACGGUUUGAAGGGUCAUCUAAGGGUUCAUGCUGGAGAGAGACCUUAUAAGUGCUCUACAUGUGAAAAAUCUUUUGCAACAAAACUAGCUUUGAAGGUUCAUCACUCAAGGGUUCAUACUGGAGAGAGACCUUAUAAGUGUUCUACAUGUGAAAAAUCUUUUGCAGCAAAACAAACUUUGGAGGAACAUCACACAAGGAUUCAUACUGGAGAGAGACCUUAUAAGUGCUCUACAUGUGAAAAAUCUUUUGCGACGAAAGAUGAUUUGACACGUCACAUAAGGGUUCAUACUGGAGGGAAGAGACAUUAUAAAUGUUCUAUAUGUGAAAAAUCUUUUGCAGCAAAACUAACUUUGAAGGAUCAUCACACAAGGGUUCAUACUGGAGAGAGACCAUAUAAGUGCUCUUCAUGUGAAAAAUCUUUGGCAACAAAAGAUGAUUUGAGAAGUCACAUAAGGGUUCAUACUGGAGGGAAGAGACAUUAUAAAUGUUCUAUAUGUGAACAGAUUUUUACAACCAAAGGCGCUUUGAAGGUUCAUUACACAAUGGUUCAUACUAUGGAGAAAAUAAGAACAAGAAUCUGAAUAUUACCUUAUAAUCUGAAUUUUGAUCUUUUAUAAUCUGAAUGUUACCUUAUAAGUUCUCUACAUGUGGAAAAACUUUUGCAACAAAAGAUUAUUUGAGGGGUCAUCACACAAGGGUUCAUGCUGGAGCGAGACCUUAUAAGGCACACUUCCACACUCUUGAUUCUUUUUAUUUGAUGCAAUGAAAUACUUAACAAUAUUAGUUCAUUUGUUUCCUUGAUAAAAUGUUGUUAAGAUGAAAUGCUAGGUCAAGGUUAUGACAUGUUUUUACAAAUAGCAGUGAUUUAUCUUGAACUGUUUAUUUCUUAGUUGUAUUCUUCUGGUUUUGGCAAAUUCCCCUUUUAAGGAAAAAGGAUGUUGGUAGAUGGCAAGGUAACAGUGAGACCUGAUGGUUCAGAUUAAAUUUUUUUAUUGACCCCAGAGAGAACACACACUGUAUUGUUAAACUGUCAGGUUUUUGUAUAUAUAGAUGUAUGGACGAGGUUCUUAGUUUAGCCUAAAAAACAACCAGAUAAUAUAUAUAAAAUUUCUGUUUGUCAAAAAAGUUUUUGAACCAAAAUUAACAUAUUGUUUUUUAACAAUACGCUAAAAUUGUCAUAUUUUUUGGCAGAUUAAUAUUAUUAAAACUAA